UAAUGUUUUUUAGUGAAGUUAGUGAAACAUCGAUGUUGGGAAAAAUACUAUCGAUAGAGAUAGUAAGACCAGGUGUCGGAGGAGUUUUGAACAGAUGUAUCGGCGGUCCCACUGUCAUUCCAAAAAAAAGCGACUAACAACAAAACACGGCUUGGGCAUUAUUCCCCGCUCGCGCCGACCGCUUUAACUCCCAACAGCACGUGUCCGCGGCCCCCGGGGCAGGCGAAAGAUGAUCAACGGCCGCUAUGGGAGGUUCGGAGCACUCAUCGGCGUCGCGUACGUGAGCAGCACCCACUGUCGCUUUCUGAUUUACUCAACCAAGAAUGCCGAGGUGCUGGCCUACCACGAGCAGAAGCUGCGCCAGAUCGUCCAUCAGGCCGGCUGGCUGGAGUACGACCCCGUGGAGAUAUGGAAGUAUAUGCAGGAGUGCAUUGAGACUGCAUACAAGAAUCUGGUGAUACUGGAGAUCGACCCGCAUGACAUCAUCGCUGUGGGCAUCGUCAAUCAGCGAGGCACCUCAGUGCUUUGGAACAAGCAGACGGGUCAACCGCUGCACAAUGCCAUCGGCUGGUCCGAUUGCCGCAGCAACGGCAUCCUGAAGACGCUGCUUCACAAUGUCCGGCACAAUGUGGACUACGUGCGAUAUCGCAGCGGCUUGCCCCUGAGCAGUUGUUUUAGCGCCCUGAAGAUUCGCUGGCUGCUGGAUCACGUUUCCCCUGUGAGCAGUGCCAUCGAGGAGGAAAAGUGCCUUUUCGGCACACUGGACUCUUGGUUGUUGUGGAACCUAACCGGUGGCGUGGAGACGGGUGUGCACUCCACGGACCUCACCAAUGCCCACUAUACUGGACUAAUGAACAUCUCCACGCAGCAGUGGGACUCGAAGCUGUGCCAGUUCUUCCGUCUGCCGAUUAACAUACUGCCACGAAUACGUUCCAACUCCGAGAUAUUUGGCUAUGUGCUAGAGGGUCCCCUGCUGGGCGUACCCAUAGCGGGCAUGAUGGGAGAACAGCCAGCCUGUCUACUGGGUCAGCUCUGCGUGAAGGCGGGUCAAAAUGUUUGCACGCUGGACGACAGCUGCUUUGUCCUGCUGAACACCGCCAAGGAGAAGCUGGACUCUGCCACUGGUCUUAUAACGGGCAUAGCACACAAGCUGGGCCCCGCGGAAGCCACCAACUAUACGCUCGAGGGCGCCAUCUCCAAUGCAGGCUCCACGGUCACCUGGCUGCGCGAGAGGCUGCGCAUUAACACUGAGAUUAAUUCCAACGACAAUGUGGUGGAAUCGCUAAACACCUUCAUCGGUGAGAACUCUAUGAUCUCGUCCUCCUGCUCCUCUUCGAUGUUAAAUGCCGAAUGUGGUUUGGCGGCUAAGCGGUCAGAGAUCACUCUGGUGCCUGCCUUUCAUGGCCUGUAUGCUCCAUACUGGCGGCACGAUGCCAGGGGUAUAAUUUUGGGUCUGAGCAGCCAGACGACGGCGGAGAACAUCACGCAGGCCGCUUACGAGGCUACCGGCUUUCAGAUCUACGAGGUACUACAGGCAUUUAGGAGGGACACGCCCAACUGGGACCGUUCUAGCAUACAGCCUGUGCUCACAUUUGGCGGCGAUUACGCUGAGAACACGCAUCUGGUGCAGUUCAUUGCGGACAUAAUUGGCUGUAUGCUGGAACGGCCGCAGACUACCUCGCCGGCGGGACUAGGCGUCAUGAUAGCCGCUGGCAUAACCAUGCAGGUGGUGUCCCUUCAGUAUGCCCUGAAAAUGUACUCCCCGCCCACGGACGUCUUCUCGCCGACGACCACGCAGAAUCGUCGUGAACUGCUUUACAGACGCUGGGAUUAUGCAGUCAAGAGGUGUCUGCAUUGGAAUAACUAUGAGACUUACGAGGCCGAUGUCGAGCUCUUUGGCCAACGCGAACUUGAUCCCAAUUUACCCGUUCGUCGUUCUUUACCCGGCAGCUUGUUCCUGACCACAUCGUUCGCUCUGCUCUUGCUGGCCAACUAUCUAAAGAGCAAUCCCCUGAAAUAGUGGAGAAACAACAGGAUUAUCAGCAUCAGCCGCAGUUCAAGUUCUAGUCAGCUUUCAAAAUUUAUUGUUUAGUUUAGCUUGUAAAAUUUUAUUUAGUUCAUUUGAUAUUUGUAUAUAGAAUCCCAUUAGUUUUUGCCAGAGUUGUAGAUCAAAAUAUUUGUGAUUCACCCCGUAUACACCACUAUAUUCUACAUAUAUACCAUAGAUAUAUACAGUUUCGUAAGCUCA